CAGGCAGCAUUGUAGAGGAAAAAAGUGGCAGCGCUGUGCUAAGCAUCCCUAGGAGAGUUUAGACAUUUUUACCAAAGCGUUACAACCGGAACCCGGGCUGGGCAUUUUCUGAAGCAACCAUCUCGUUCUGACGUUAGUGAAUCAAUCAUGGGAGAUAAUCAGUAUGGAUAUUCUGGAGGGGGUGGAGGUGGUUAUGGUGGCUACAGCAGUUAUGAUCAGACAGCGCCUGCAUAUGGAGGUCCUCCGGCUGGAGCUGCUGCAAGCAGUGGAUGGGGAAGCCAAGGUCAAAGCGCAGCACCAUACUCUGGCUAUUCAGGAGGUGAUGGCUCAGCAGGAGGAUAUAGUACCCAGCAAGGUGGUGCUGGUGGUGCUCCAUCUACUGCCUAUCCUUCAGGAAGCAGCAGUGCUGGCUACAGUGCUUAUGGAGAACAAGCCCCUUAUGGUGGUGGUGGAGCUGGCUAUGACAAUGCUGGAUCAUAUGGUGGAUCUGCUUCUUAUGGAGGCGGCGGCAGUGGUGGAGGAGGUUACGGCGGCGGCGAUAGAGGUGAUCGAAGUGCUGGAGGGGGAGGUUUCAGUCAUAACGCUGGAAGCAGAGACGGGUUUCCCAAAGGAGGAGCUGGCCCACCCGUUGGAGAUGAUCGAAUAGUCAUGGAUGACAGUGUAUUCGUAUCUGGGCUUCCAGAAAACGUAACAGAGGCUGAGAUUGAAAAUUUGUUUGGAUCGAUUGGCGUUAUCAAAAUUGACAAAAAAACAGGCAAACCGAAAAUCUGGUUAUUCAAAGAUCGUGACACAGGCGCUCCUAAAGGAGAGGCAACAAUUACUUACGAUGAUCCUAACGCUGCAUCCGCCGCAAUCCAGUGGUUCAACGGACAACCAUUUAAUAACGGACCAACGCUGAAAAUCUCUUUUGCCACGAGGAAGAAUAACUUCCCAGGUGGAUUUCGUGGUGGACGCGGCGGAGCACGUGGAGGAGGAUUUGGUGGCGGAGGAGGAUUUGGUGGAGGCGGUCGCGAUAGUAACGGCGGAGGCUUCGGUGGCAGGGGUGGUGGCCGAGGAGGUGGUGAUCGCGGUGGCAGUAGUGAUCGCGGUGGUCGUGGUGGAGGUGGACCACCAUCAGGCGGUCCUGGCCGAGAAGGCGACUGGCGCUGUGCGGAACCAUCCUGUGGAAACACCAACUUUGCAUGGCGCUCUGAAUGCAACCGCUGCAAAGCCCCUCGUUCUGAUUUGGCUGGCGGAGGCGGACCUCAAGGUGGCGGAGGAGCUUCUAGUGAUGAUGAUGAUCGUGGAAGCCGCGGUGGUGGCUUCGGACGUGGAGGAAGCCGUGGUGGUCGUGGCGGAGACAGUUCAUCAAGAGGUGGAUUCCGCGGUGGUAGGGGAGACGAUGAUGGAGGAUUUAAUCGUGGAGGUGGACGAGGUGGUGGAUAUGGAGAUCGUGGCGGGUUUGGUGACCGUGGUGGACGCGGUGGUGACCGUGGAGGCUACGGUGGUGGUCGCGGCGGAUACGGAGAUCGCGGUGGCUUCCGCGGAGGAAGAGGUAGCGAUAGAGGAGGCUAUGGUGACCGCGGUGGAAGAGGUGGCGGCGGAGGCCCAAGUUUCGGUGACCGCGGACGUGAUCGAUCAAGGCCGUAUUAGAUUGGGUGCAAGUAACCGUCAUUUUUUAAAUGCUGUAUCUAUUAUGUUCUAAGUUUUUUUUUGGUCUCGUGCGACAGUUGGCUGGAAAAGAAGAGAAAAGGUUCCAUUUUUCUCUUCCUACUAGCCACCUUGAAACCGUAAUAAUACAACAACUUUUCAACUUAA